AUGGCUUCAGCUUUUCCUAAAUUGCCAGGUUUUGUGCCCACCCAAGAAUUAGAUAAACCCAACUUCAGGAAGGUCUCAGCUGCCAAACAAGAUCAAAACAGAGAAAUCAAACAACUGCCAAAUAAAGAAUACCCUGUACCUCGCAAAUAACCAACACAAGUGCCCUCUCAAACAGGAAUGUUCAACCCCGAUUAUUUAAGCACAACUCACGCCAUGCAUCUACCAAAGGUAUGUCUUCUAAUCAGUUACAUCCCCAAGAAUUCCAACAAUGAUUCAGAAGAGCUCUACCAACCAAGUUGGGUCAAGAUGGACAGGCACGUUCUCAGAUUCAGUGGCUUCUUCAAAGAGGCUGUCGUUGAAUCAGCCCUAGAAAACUACAGAAUUCGCAAACUAACCAUAUUUUACUACUUGGAAGACCAUUCAAUCAGCAUUACCGAACCCAAACAGGAAAAUAGCGGUGUUCCUUAAGGAGCAUUCCUUAAAAGAUAGAAAGUCUUGAGGGCUGAUGGUUCAAAAACAUUCAUCAUACCAGAAGAUUUCAGAAUCAACUAAGACAUCGAGAUAUUUGGCAAAACAAUUCGACUUUAUGAUUGCGAUCAAUACACAAGAGAAUUUUACGAGGGACUUGGACAACCUCAAGAGCAAUCCUUCAGUCCUUAGUCAGAUUCAUUUGAAACAAAGACUAUGACUAAGUAUAUUCCCCAAAAGGAUACCGUCAUGAAGGACUACUUGGAGCAUAAAUUAGGAGGAGGAAAGGUUACAUCUCAAAAGCAAUUCCUAGAAAACGAUAGGAAGGUUCUUAAAUUCUACGUGUUCUCUGACAUUGAAUAUGUCUUGCAUUACUAUCUGGCUGAUGAUACCAUUGAAAUAAAGGAGAUUAAUUCAGCUAAUUCAGGAAGAGUUCCAUUUCCCAUGAUGUUGAGAAGGUAGAAAUUACCCAGAAAGUUCUCUCUCAAUCAGCCUGGAUAAACAUAUGCUGAAGAUUUCAUUAGACCUCAGGAUAUUCAAUUUGGAUAACCUUUGAUAAUUUACAAUAGAAAAUUUGCUAUCCAAGGUUGCGAUCCCUUCACAAGAUAUUAUUAUUAAGAAAAAUUCAACGUUGAUUUUCCUUUGGGUGGCUAAGAAGAAUAGUAAAUCGAAUAAAGAUCAAACAUUAUCAUUCCUCCUCACAAUGGCAUUGGGGAUGAACAAGAUUCUUUAGGAUACAUUUACAGAUUGUAACCUAUUCCACCCAAGAAGGAUUUCUUCAAAUGGGUUGACAAUUAAGUCAAUCUGAGAUAUUUGGCCAUGUUCAACACUACAAAACCUGAGGAUAAAGACAGAGUUUUUGUCAUAACUUAUUUUCUAAAUGAUGAUAGUCUUUUAGUUUAUGAACCAACUGUUAGAAAUUCUGGCAUUCCAGAUGGCAAAUUCUUGGAGAAAAGAAAAUACAAGAACGCUUUUAAUAAUAAUGAGUUUUUCUCGCCCAAAGAUUUAAUUGUAGGCAACGAAGUUUAGAUCAAUGGUUGGAAAUUCUAAUUACUGGAUUGUGAUGAGUUCACUAAGAAGUGGUAUGCUGAUAAUUUUAAAUGA